CAAGUGAGACCCGGUCACACCUGUUGUUGAUAAACUUUAGUUUUGUUAUUAGGUAAAUUUUGCAUGUUAACUAAUAUCAAAUACAAUGUCGGUAACAGCAGGUUCUGAUGAGGAGACCGACUUUAAAGAGAUCAGUUCAACAAAUUACCAACGGGUGCAAGAAAAAGUAGCAAAGAUAAGCUACGCAGAUGGCAUUGCUGAUGGAAGAGAAAAGGUGUUUCAGGAAAGUUUUGACGAGGGAUUCGAAGUUGGCUUUAAAACAGGCUUUGAACUGGGAAAAGUUAGCGCCUUUUAUGAAACUAUGAAAAAUGCCGGAGAAGAAAAUAUUAAGUUUCUUUCAGAAAACGAAUCUUACCAAAAACUGAAACUUGCAGAUGCUACAGACAAAACGCACUUCAAAUAUCUCGAAAAUCAGGGAUCACCUCUUAACCUAAUUGCGGACAAACAAAGGACUUAUGUGGAUAACCUACUGGAUACAUUUUCACAGCAACUCCCAGCAACUACAAAUUUAUUCUCACCGGUCAGCAGUUCUAGUGUUAAUGUGGUUUAAUGGUUGUGUUUGGGAAUUAUCAAAAUUAACUGAAAAUAUAUCUGUACGCGACUUAUAAAUAAAGGCCCUCGGGUGUGCCCUCCUUCUUCCGGUACAGGA